AUGUCUCUCGAUCAAUCUCUUCAAUUUCUACGCCAGUGGGGUCAGACCGCUCUGUCGCAUCUGCCCCCCGAGGCGCAAAAUGUUCUGCUGCACCCCGUCGUUCCCAAGGCGCUGGCCGUGUUGGUCGGUCUCGGGGUGGUGCGCCACACCAAUCGCACUUUGACACGAUGGGCAGCGAAUAACUGGCAGGGCGCUGGACCCUGGCAGCCUGCGCGCGAGUUGGUGCUCAUCACCGGUGGGUGUAGCGGCAUCGGCAAGCAGGUCGUGGAUGAUCUGGCGCCGACGGGCGUGCGCAUCGUAAUUCUGGACAUCCAGGAGCCUUCCCAUAAACUACCUUCCAAUGUCACCUUCUACAAGGCCGACAUCACCUCCUCGGCCAGCAUCGCUGCCGUCGCCGAAAAAAUUCGUUCGGCGCACGGCGAUCCCACAGUGCUGGUAAACAACGCCGGCGUGGGUAAUGAUGGCCCUAUUCUCGACCAGUCCGAGGCCAAGAUCCGCCAGACCUUUGAGGUCAAUACAAUCUCGCACUUCCUUACUGUGCGCGAGUUCCUGCCCAGCAUGGUAAAGCAGGACCACGGUCACGUCAUCACCAUCGCCAGUAUAGCGAGUUUCAUCGCGCAGGGUGAGAUUGUCGAUUACUGCUGCUCUAAGGCCAGUGCACUCGCCUUUCACGAGGGACUGGGCCAGGAGCUACGGUUCUGCUAUAAAGCACCGAAGGUGCGCACUAGCGUCAUCCAUCCCUUCUGGGUGCGCACCCCCAUGAUUAAGCAGUUGAUCGACGCUGGCAAGGAAUUUCGUCAGCCCAUCAUAACCCCCGAGAUGGUGUCAGCCGCAGUGGUCAAGCAGAUCUUGACGCAGAGCAGUGGCCAGGUCAUUCUGCCCAAUCAUCUCAUGCCAAUCUCAUUAGUGCGCGCCUUCCCCUCGUGGGUGCAGGACCUCGUGCGGAAUGUCGGGUCCAAGGAUCUGAAGCAUUUGCGCGAGUGGCAGGCGUCGCAGGGAUUAAAACCUUGA